AUGGGUGUAAUGGAAAAGAUCAAAGAAAUCGAGGCCGAAAUGGCCAGAACGCAGAAGAACAAGGCAACAAACUACCACUUGGGAACUUUGAAGGCGAAACUGGCCCGUCUUCGUAAUGAAUUAUUCGUUGAACAAUCAGGAAGUGGUGGAGGUUCUAGUACGGGUGAGGGAUUUGAUGUGGCCAGAAAUGGAGAUGCUCGGGUAGCUUUGAUUGGGUUCCCUUCUGUGGGCAAGUCUAGUUUGCUGAACGCACUUACGAGCACAGAGUCGGAAGCCGCGGCGUAUGAGUUUACUACGUUGACGUGUAUUCCCGGCGUUCUGAACUACUCAGGCAGCAAGAUCCAAGUGUUGGAUUUACCAGGAAUUAUCGAAGGUGCCGCUCAUGGUGCUGGACGUGGAAAAGAAGUCAUCGCUGUCGCACGUAAUGCAGAUGCUAUCCUGAUUGUCCUCGACUCGAUGAAAGAAGGUCUGAACCGCCACAGAGAAAUUCUGGAGAGAGAGCUUGAAACAGUGGGCAUCCGUCUCAACCAACGGCCGCCAGAUGUAGCAGUUUCCAAGCGAAGUGGAGGGGCAGUGAGGUUCUCUUCAACGGUGCCCCAAACUAAACUUGGUCCAGAUCCCGAGAAAAUCGUUACUCAAAUCCUGAGAGAGUACAAGAUCGUCAGCGCAGAUGUACUAGCGAGGGAAGAAAUCACAGUGGAUCAAUUGGUGGACGUCAUUAUUGGCAAUAGGCAAUACAAGCCCUGCCUGUAUCUGUACAACAAAAUUGACGCCGUUACCAUCGAAGAGGUUGAUCAACUGGCUCGGAUGCCUCACUCGAUGGUAGGUAGUGUCGCGCAGAGAUUUAACAUUGGCGAACCCAUGGAGGACGAUCUCUUGAAACAAAACCUGUGGAAAUAUCUUGGUUUGACAAGGAUCUAUACAAAGCGCAAAGGGUCGCCUCCAGAUUUGGAGGAACCAGUUGUAUUAUCUGACAUAAGAAAAGGAACGACUGUGAAAUCACUUUGUGCAAAUAUUAGUACUCAGCUUCUAAGAGACUUCAACUACGCGCUUGUAUGGGGUACCUCUGCGAAACACAGUCCGCAGAGAUGUGGUUUGAGCCAUAAGCUCGAUGACGAAGAUGUAGUCCAAAUCGUUAGCAAAACAAUCAAGCAACAACAACUGGACAAGAACUAUGGUGUGCUUGCUCAGGAGUACCAAGACAAGCAUUCAAAGAAGAGAUUGGAAGCGAAGAAAAAGAAGCAACAGCGACUCCGCGGUUGA